ACUGCUUCUUCCUCAUACACAGUAGUAGAACCCACUGCUCUGUGAUCUGCAGCGAAGGACAGCAUUCAAACAAAGGCUUUAUUAAGGAAAUCUGAUGGCGUUUGUACAUUUGAUCUUCCUAUCUACCUUUCUCUUGGUUUCCGUCACAUCUGAAACAUUUGAUGCAAUGGAAGGUGAGGCUUUAGUUAUAAAAUGCCCCCCUUGGAGUUCAACUGUGAAAGUCACCUGGUAUCACACGGAUACAAACAAAAUAAUUCCUGCAGAAGAAGAGGGAUCACGAAUAUUUUCCUUGAAACGAUUUCUUUGGUUUCUGCCAACCUCUAGAGAGGAUUCUGGAAACUACACUUGCGUUAUACAUUUUUCAAAUAAUCGUACAAAGUCGUUCAAGAUGAGUGUGCAGGUGCAUCCAUACAAGCAAGGAGUAUGUUUCCCAAGUCAGAUUCGAUACCCAAAUGACACUGGAAGAGGAAAAAUUGUUUGUCCUACAAUUGACAAUUAUAAGAAUGCUACUAUCAUCCAGUGGUAUAAGGACUGCAAACCUCUCCAUGAAAAGAGGUACUUGAAGGAAGAAAAGUAUAUUUUUAUUAACAACCCAAGAAAGGAGGAUGAUGGCUAUUACACUUGUCAGUUUAUCUACACCCAUAAAGGAAAAGUGUUUAGUGUAUCAGCAACAAGGAUUUUCAUAAGUAAAGCAAAACCCUCACCUCUACCUCCUCAAAUUUUAUUCCCAAAGGAUAAGGAUGUAAUAGAAGUAGAGCUUGGUGCUGCUUUGUCUCUGAAAUGUCGGGCCCGCCUGGGGAUUAAGAAACAGCCGCUGGCUGUUGUCACAUGGGAUGUGAAUAACAUCUCAGUGAAAGAUUUUUCAAGAUUUAGUGAAAAAACUCAUUUUUUUGAAGGGUGUGCUCGAGAAUACUACAAAGAGACCACUUUGCAUAUUCCUGCAGUAAAAGAGGAGGAUCUGAAGGCAAAUUUCACAUGUGUGGCACUGAAUGAAAUGCGCAACACAAAAGUCACGGUGACGUUACAACUCAAAGCACAGCAUGAGGUGGGUCUUCCUAACAUCCUCUUGAUCAUAGGAUCUCUAGUUCUGCUGGUUGCAAUAGCAGUCUCUGUUAUACUCUAUCAGUCCUUCCGAGUUGAUAUCGUCCUGUUGUAUCGGGAGAUAUUUCAACCGUACUCAGCCAAGGAUGAUGGAAAGAUAUAUGACGCAUAUGUCAUCUACCCCAAAAGCCGUACCAAUGAAGCUAAUUUUGUGGAAUAUUUUGUUUACCAAAUCAUGCCAGAUAUUCUAGAAAAUAAAUGUGGAUAUAAACUGUGUAUUUAUGGGAGAGAUAUAUAUCCUGGAGAAGAUACAGCCAGUGCAAUUGAGAAGAGGAUACAGAAGAGUAGACGUCUGAUCAUCCUUCUAACACAGCAGCUGAUUAACUGUAAAGAACAUGCUUAUGAUCAACACAUUGCUUUAUACAAUGCCCUCAUUCAAAACGAUACAAAGGUGAUCCUGCUGGAAAUGGAGAGAAUUGGGACUUACGAUAAGCUUCAGGAAUCUCUUAGGUUUAUUGUUAAGCAGCAAGGUACCAUCAAAUGGAAAGAGCAGCACAUUGUGCACCCGCAGUCAUCCAGAUCUAAGUUCUGGAAACAGGUGAGGUACCAUAUGCCACUGACACUCAAACCCUCAUAUUCAGCUAAUGUUGGGUGAUCAAUCUGUGAAAAUACUGUUGGACUAACAGGGUGGAGCACAUGACUGCAACUCUUUUUCCAUUCAGUAGGUACAUGAUUUUACAGUCUCUAUUUGUAAACUUUUCCCAUUCCCUUGAUUGAGUAACAAUAAGUUAAACUGAUGAAAGAGGCCUGGGCAACUAAGGGAAGUUUUUAUUGGUAUGGGAGUUCUGUAAAGAAAUAAUUCCAGACUGUGCAGAAUUUUUCAUGUCACCAAAAAAAUGUACCAAAUGUAUCUAUAGUCACUCUUUUUUUGUAUAGUUGUGCAUACAACUGAAAGUUAUUAUUCCAAAUAGCUGAUUGCCUUGCAGGCUUGAUUUACCUUUCUAACGCAGUUGAUCAAAUACAAAUGCCUUCUUUGUUAUUUGACUGGAACAUAUAUGUGUAUUGUGCAACUAGAAAAUAUAAUGUUGUGCUAUUUAAAACUUUUUUAUUUCCCACCACUUAUUCCUUUUUAAUUCAAUACUAAUACUCAUACCAUGAAAUUGUAUUUUUCCUUAGUAUGGAUGCCUCGGUAAAGGCUCUUUUGAGAGUGUUGUGAAUACAGUACUUAAAAAGAAAGCAGUGUUAAGGGAAAAAAAUACAUAGAUAUAUAUUAAUAUAUACUAAUAUGCAUGUGUGUGUGUGUGUGUGUGUGUGUGUAUAUCCCAUACAAAGACAAAAUUUUAAAACUUUCAAGGACAGACCUUAUGCCUACAUUUGCUUUCUUCUGAUAGGGAAUACCCUGAGAUGCAAAGGUCAGAGCCAAUUGUCUUCCUAGUUCAGGGGACUAUGAACAAAUUGUAUUCUCCUACAGAUAUCCUCACAAACGUUAAUCUUUUUAGCUUCUUAAAGCUGGGAGAAGUCUUAGUUUUGAGCAUCAGAUUUGCUACUGAAUGGAUUUAGAAAGUGAAAAUUAGAUGCAGAACACCUAAUGUUACAAAAUCCAGGCUUACAGAGCAAGUGAAGUCUUUUCCUUCUCCUGUAAGUUCUUACUGAAUGUGGAUUUCAGACUUUAAGA